UUGUCCUCACUUGUCCAUCGAUGCAUGCCUUGUUCCUUUUGUCGCAGAAAAACUAAUGAAGAUUUAGUUAAUUUCAUACAGGAAAAGCUUCUUGCUUCAAUGAGUCAAAAGCCACCAUUAACUAAUGAAGAACACAAAGUCCUUUCUCCUAUGCAGGGUGACCAGGCGCUCAGAAGGGUUUUCUCUGAUGUUUCUGCUGAAAUGUACAAAUAUCACAAGGAAAGCAAUGAAGUCGAGAGUGUCAAAUGCGAAUGUUGUGGGCUCAUCGAGGAUUGCACUCCUGAUUAUAUGGGACGUAUUAGGAAUUUAUAUUGCGGUAAAUGGGUUUGUGGACUGUGUUCAGAAGCUGUGAAAGAACGAUUAAAGCGAGCUCCGGGAACGGCAAUGGAGGAAGCUGUAAGUUGUCACAGGGAUUUCUGCCAGAAAUUCAGCAGUACGACAAUACCCAACCCAAAGCUCUCUUUGGCAUGGGCCAUGAGGGAUAUAGCAAAGAGAAGCUCUCUACGGAGGGGUUCCAAUAUGUUCUCAAAACAAAAGAUUGCCAGAACCAACAGCUGCGAUCAUAGGAUUCGUCUGUAGUAGGAACGCGCGCACCACCUUGAAUUAAUUAGUGAUUUAUGACAACCCCUUCAUAUUUCAAGCUUUGCAGCUGGAGCUUCUUCAAACAAUUACAUACAUGAAGCAAGACAUAGUACUUUUCUUGAUUAAGUUGUUAGUUUGCUUUUUGUUUUUUGUUUUUUUUCCUUUGUAAAUUUCUAGUCUAAAACGGGAUCUGCUAUUAUAGUGAAUUGUGAUAUAGAAGAAACCCAGUGGGGAUGAAUGAUCUGAUAGCUAAACUCGAUCCUGUUAAUGUUCUAGAUGAAAUUUGGGUCAGCCCGUUUUACUUAAAUUACUUUAUUUGGGGCUGAACCCAGCUUGAACUGCAACUUUGUGGAUCACA